AUGAAUUUGCGACUAGUCUCGCUCCUAAACGAGAACCAGUCACAGCUAAAAGCUCAACUUGAUACAAUUCAGCAGAAGGCAGAAAUCAUGUCUUGUUCAUCGGCGGAUGGCUUGCGCUACAUCCGAAACCAGCUAAACAUGACUCUGGAAUUGCCUGACGAGGACAAGGCAGAUAAUACGUCCCUAGAGGAUCUCAAUACCCACUUGCGGACCCUUUUCAAUACCAUGGAGACAACUCGACGUGAGACGGAAAUUCUCGAGCAGCUAUACUUUGAAGACAUCUUUGCCCGAGAAGACACUAUUGACAAUCCUGCUUAUGAGACCUUUGAAUGGCUUCUAGCCCCCGAGGGUGACGAGGGUGAUCAGGGUGAUGAGGAUGAUGCCGGUCAUCUCACUGAUAGCGACAACGUAAUGGACGAGGACAAUCGAUUAGGUUACAGCGGUGCAUCUCUUAACGACGAUGGGGAUCUCCAAGAUGAUACACAGCCCCAGGAGAAUACUCAGUCCCAAGAGGAUGGCCAGUCCGGGUACGAAACUGACGAAUCUGCUAUGGGAGUACGACAUGAGGCCAGCAGGAAAUUCCAGAACUGGCUCGCUUCAGCGAGCGACCAGUUCCGAAAGGAAGACAUCAAGGAAGCCUUCCACCGGCUCGUGGAAGGCUCGGUAUCCUUGGGAGACGUCAGGAUUUGCUUGUUUAUCGACGGCCUCGAUGAGUACAGCACAAGCGCCUAUGAUCAUCGGAAGCUAGCUCUCAAUAUCCGCAAGUGGACAAGAUCUGACCAUGUCAAGAUGUGCGUCAGUUCCAGACCGCAUGUUGAAUUUGCCGACAGUUUCAACCCGGAGACGAGGCUGCACCUCCACGAUCUAACGUUUUGGGACAUCAGGUGCCUUGCGGAGGGCAUGUUUCGCGCCGACCCCAACUUCUACCGAAUUCAUAACACAUACCAUCAGCUGGUCGAGGUGAUCGUAUAUAGCGCCGAGGGCGUCAUAUUGUGGGCGGUGCUGGUCCUCAAGCUUGUGAUAGCCGAGGUUGGGCUGCAUAGCCCCCUUGAUCGAUUGCUGGAGAAGAUCCGCACCGUACCUCGAGAGUUAAGCGCCCUAUAUGACAGGCUUCUCAGCACGCUGGACGAGCGCGACAGACACCGGGUCAACCUGAUGCUGCUACUAGUGAUAAGCAGCCUCUUUCCCCCACCCGUAAUCUUCUUCUUGUGGUUGGACCACAUGCUGGAGCCCCAGUUUCCGACGUUUGAAAACACAUAUCAAUUUACGCCUUCCGAAGUGAUGGACAGGAUGGAUAGCAUCGACAAGCUAACAACAAGUUUGACAAAGGGUCUGCUGAUAAUACACGAUAAAACUAAGCUCUCUCCUGCAUCAUCACGUGCAGAAAGAAUCAUAAAUGCGAUGGUUGGCCCUAUGGUUGGGUUAAGCCAUCGAUCCGUGAGGGACUACCUCGUUGAUUCCAACAAGCUAUCUCAGAUCAAAGAGACUUUUGAGAGCAUUAACUUGAAUACCGUUUACUCUAACCUUUCGGUCGUCGUGGUGGCAACGGCAAUCCGCUCACUCAACGAGUUGAAGAAGGGAUCUCUCCAAGCCUCUGAGCAAGCAUAUUGGCGUCUGGUGAGAGCUACUGAAGCGUCUAAUAGAGCGGACUCCAGGCACUAUAUUCGGGACUAUUUACCUCAGUUUUGUCGUGCCGUCGAUGAUGAAGGCCAGAUUCCACCUUGCAAUAGUAUCCUGCUUGAACAGUGCAUAAACUCUCAAUUCCCGCCGCCAGCCUAUGGCGAACUCAUGCCCAUGUAUCCAGAGCGCCCGUCACUGAUUUUGGGGGCCGAGAACAUGGCGGCAGCAUCCUGCGCUUCUCCAUAUUUCACGGGUAUUUCCCCUACAGCUUGCGAGAGAUCGAAGCGAGGAUCAACAAGGGAGAGUUGA